UGCAUGUGAAUGAAGAUAAAAAUCUCUUUUGAAAUUCAUUUGUUUCGUAUUGCUCUCGAUCUCCCCAUCACCGCUUUGCCGAGCCAGGUAGAAGCUGUGGGGUAAUGCUCUGCUAGAAAAGGCGAUUCGUUCUUAGACUAAGAGUCUAUUAGAGCACCUGCACUCUAGCUCUUGGGAAGUACAUUUCUUACAAUCGUUUUCUCCGUACAAUUAUUUGUCGUAACACAAUGGCCUCUAACGAUGGUUUACUGGAGUUCUCUGACCUGUACAUAGUCAGCAAAGGAGCUUUGAACCACGGCCGUCUUCGCAUGCAGCCAGAGAAGAUCACAUUCAAGGCCAGCCGAAGUGGCAAGAUUGAACAGUUCAGCCCAGAUGGGCUUGAGUCAGUCAACUGGACGCGUGCGCCGAAGGGCUGGGAGCUGUCACUGGUCGCCAAGUCCGGCUCCUGCACUCGGCUACAGGGCUUCAAAGAGACCGAAAGCCAGCGGUUACAAGGCAAGAUUAGCAAAUGGUACAAGCUGCCGUGGAGCGAAGUGGAGCGGUCUGUUCGCGGCCUUAGCUAUGGGAAAACCGACUUUUGCGGCUCAUCGUUGAAGUUUGUCAUCGACGACAAGCCAUCGUUUGAGUUGCCCCUGGAGAGUGUGUGCCAGACGUCCAUCACCAAGAACGAGGUACACUUGGAGUUCCAUCCGAACGACGAAGCGGACGUUCAGCUCUCUGAAAUGAGAUUCUACGUGCCACCGUCCCUCGCGUCCGCUGUCGGUGAUGGCAUCGCCGAUGACAAAGACGCAGCCAAGGAAUUCCACACCAAAAUCACGUCGCAUGCCGACAUUCUUCGUGUGUCUGGCGAUGCGCUCAUUACGUUUGACGAAAUGUCAUGCUUGGUGCCUCGUGGACGCUACACAGUGAAAGUAUACCCAGGGUUUCUCUUCCUGCAUGGCAAGUCGUACGACUUCACCGUUCCCUUUCAGUCCAUCGUGCGACUCUUCCUCUUGCCUCACAACGACAUGCGACAAAUGUACUUUGUGGUGGCUAUGGACCCUCCCAUGAGGCAGGGCCAGACGCGCUACCCUUUUCUGAUUCUCAUCCUCAACAAGGAAGAGUCGAUGGAAGCAGAGGUGGCAUUGUCAGAAGAAGAGCUGGAGAAGCAGUACCAGGGUAAGCUGACUCAGCAGAUGAAUGGGCCUAUUUACGAGGUGCUGAGCCGCGUCAUGAAGGCGGUCGCUUCAAAGAAGAUCGUCGUGCCUGGCAAUUACCGAAGUCAGCGCGGCGGGCAGUGCAUCAGCUGCAGCUACAAGGCCAACCAUGGCAUGCUAUUCCCGCUGGAGAAGGGCUUCAUCUUCGUGCACAAGCCCGCGCUGCACGUGCGCUUCGAUGAGGUGGUCGCCGUCAAUUUCUCGCGCGGCGGCACUGGAACUCAUCGGUCGUUUGACUUUGAGUUAGAAGUCAAGAAUAACAUUGUACACAUCUUCCAGAGUAUGGACAAGGAUGAGUACAGUCGCUUGUAUGACUUCUGCUCAGCCAAGAAGCUCAGGAUCCGCAAUAAGGGCGGCAAGUCGGGCAGUGCAACGUAUCGCGAUGACUUUGACGACGACGACAGUGACCAAGAUGCGUAUUUGGGGAAGGUGAAGGCGGAGGGUGCUUCCCGCAUGGACGAUACAGACUCUGAUGAUUCAUCGUAUGUUGCUGGCGGUAGCGGAGAGGAUAGUGCUGGUGAUUUGGAGUUUGAUUCUGAUGCUAUGUUGUCGAGUGAUGAGGAGAAUGCAGCCAAGACAAUCCCGGCUGUGGAUGAGAGCAAGAAGAGGAAGAAGGCACCAAGCAAGCCGAAGCAGCCAAAGGAGAAGGUAGAAAAAGCAGAAAAGAAAGAAAAGAAGGAACCGAAAGAAAAGAAGGAACGGAAAGAGAAGAAGGAAAAGCCAUCAGCCAGCUCUACGAGUGUGGCGAAAGCCAAGAAGAAGGAAGCACCGAUCUCGAAGGAGGAGAUCAGUGAUAGUGACAGUGGUGGUAGUGAUGUUGUCAUGGAGGAUGAGAGUGAUGAUGAUGGGGCACCGCCGGCAAAGAGGUCCACACGCUCACGACGCGGACAGUCGAACGACGAGGAGCUAGCCCAGCUGCCGUCCGAAGGCUCGAAUGAUGAGGAAGAAGCCGAGCUAACGUCUGGAGCUAGUGACGUAGGCAGUGAUGAUGGUGAUGAAAGCGACUGAGCAGACUGAGCUAAGCUUGCGCGUGCGUGCGUGGGCCCAUUGGUAGCCAUUUGCCGUGCGUCGACUCCCUGCUGUUUCCGUGCUUUGUGUGUUGUUGUCGCUGUGUGUCUUUGUGUGUGUGUGUGCGUGUGUGUGCGUGUGUGUGCGUGUGUGUGUGCGGGUGUGUGUGUGUGUGUGCGUGUGUGUGUGUGUGUGUGCGUGUGUGUGUGUGUGUUGUGUGUAUGUGUGUGUGCGUGUGUGCGUGUGUGCGGUGUGUGUGUGCGUGUGCGUGUUGUGUGUGUGUGUGUGUGUGUGUGUGUGUGUGUGUGCGUUCAUUUUCAUGAAUGUGUUCAUUCACGUGUUGUGUUGUUAAAUUUGUUUUACUAUGUUGGCGUCUCGUUGUCUUUGUGUGGCUUUGAACUUUAAAUUACACUGCUGCAUGUUGAGCCGUACGUUGCAGUACAUCAGAUGUUCAUGUGCCAUUGAAUGUAUAUAUUGGACCCUGUAGUAAUUCCCACACUGUUGCUGCCACCGAAAGUCAUACAGUUUGGUUGUACAUGUUACAAUACCCCGUAGCCUUCUCUGUUUCUGCCACUUCUUAUGCUGCUUAGGCUUUCUCACACUUCUAUGACCUGGCCUGGUUGCCAUGGUUUUUUUUAAAGACUUGAAUUCCUUACUCUGUUUGAGCCUCUGUCUGUGAUUCGAUGCUCUUAUACACGCUUUGCUUUGCUUUGCCAACUACUC